AUGGCGUCAAAUAAAAAAAGAAAACUCGAAAAUCAGACGGACAGUAAGGAAACAAAUGAGGAACGCCAAUUAGAAGAUGAUAUCAUCGGCGAAAUCCUCCGUCUCCUUCCCACUAAAUCUUCCGUCCUCAUGAGCUUUCUUUCCAAGCAAUGGCAAAGUGUAUGGUUUGCCCUCCCCGCAAUACAUUUAGAUUUCGACGAGGAGGGUGAGCCGCUUCAUGAUAACAAUGACGAUGACAACCACGUAGUUCGUCAACAUGCAAAGUUCAUCAACAUGUUCAGUUGGUUUGUGGGUUUUCGCGAGAAAGACAAGCAGCAGCAGCAGCAGCUCGUGGAAAAAUUCAGGAUUCGAAUGGUUAGGUAUUCAUUACUUGAGGACGAAGCUACUGUCGUAGACAAGUGGUUGAGGUUCGGUCUGGAGAGAAACAUCAAAGAGUUAGAUAUUAGUCUCCUUGGAAGAGGAGGGAAAGCAGGUUACACCUUACCUCAAACCCUUUUUACUUCAAAAUCUUUAACCACCCUAAAACUAGAGCAUGUGACUGUAAAUAUUGACCGCCAUAGCUUACCUGUAUCGCUUCCAUCUUUAAAAACUGUAACCCUUAAAACUGUCCGCUUCAACGGAUAUUCAUCUUUCAGAGGCUUGCUAUCAUCUUCGAAAGGAGACCUUUCCCCUUCCAUUGAGAAUUUGUCGAUCGUUUCAUGUUCUGAUGUUGGUACCGACAUGUUCUGGAAUAUUUCGAUAAAUAGUUCCACUCUUAAAUCUUUGGAAGUUAUCGAUUGCGAUUGCAGGACUGUUUCUGCUAGUGCAGGAAACCUUGAAUCGAUGACCAUUGUUUCAGACUAUGCAGAUUUUAAGUUGCUGAACCUGUAUGGAUGCUCCAAAGUGAACUACAUGGACAUCCGCGCUCGACACCUAGGAACUUUUAAUGUAGAUGAGUUCAGCCGAAGUGUGAAGGAAGCCACUCUCGACGUUCCAAACCGAUGUACUUGUUUGUAUGACUGCAAGCUGCAUGAUCAGAGGUACAUACUUUCACGCAUUAGUGCCAAGGUAGCUUGA